CGGGUAGCAGGGGCCAGCGCUGGCCCCCUCCCAGCUUGGCGGUGGCAUGAAGAUGGGGGUGGGAGUGUGUAGUGGGGGAAGCACCUGCCCGGACCCCCACCUGCCAGCUAGCUGGGCACCCCAAGGCUGUGUGCUGCCCACCUGGUGUUCCCCAACACCCCCAGCCCUGCUCAGUGCACCCCUCCGGUGCCUGCUUCCCCUGAUGUCUGCGAUUUAGACCAGCCCAGCUGUAUCCACGGCAACAGAAGCAGGAGUGUCACUGGCCGCCAGAUCACGGAGGGUCCCACAAUGUGGCCUGGGAUGUGAUUUAUCCUGGGUGAGACAGCGUGAGCUCCCUCCCUGGAUUCCAAGACAGCCCUGCUGAGAGGAGCCCAGGGAAAAGAGCCACAUCAACAUCCCUGCCCCAGAGACCCAUCAACAUAGCAAACAGGCGCAGCCCAGCAGGACAACUGAUGGAGUCCCCCAGAGCCCAGCGAGUACCGGACUGGCUGACUCCAUAGGGUUGGGAGCACCCCCUGCCCUUCAUUAUGGCCAACACCACUGGAGAGCCCGAGGAGGUGAGCGGUGCUCUGUCCCCACCAUCAGCAUCGGCGUAUGUCAAGCUGGUGCUGCUGGGACUGAUCAUGUGCGUGAGCCUGGCGGGCAACGCCAUCUUGUCCCUGCUGGUGCUCAAGGAGCGUGCCCUGCACAAGGCUCCUUACUACUUUCUCCUGGACCUGUGCCUGGCCGACGGCAUCCGCUCUGCCGUCUGCUUUCCCUUUGUGCUGGCUUCUGUGCGCCACGGCUCCUCAUGGACCUUCAGUGCGCUCAGCUGCAAGAUUGUGGCCUUUAUGGCUGUGCUCUUUUGCUUCCAUGCGGCCUUCAUGCUGUUCUGCAUCAGUGUCACCCGCUACAUGGCCAUCGCCCACCACCGCUUCUAUGCCAAACGCAUGACACUCUGGACAUGUGCAGCCGUCAUCUGCAUGGCCUGGACCCUGUCUGUGGCCAUGGCCUUCCCACCCGUCUUCGACGUGGGCACCUACAAGUUUAUCCGUGAGGAGGACCAGUGCAUCUUUGAGCAUCGUUACUUCAAGGCCAAUGACACGCUGGGUUUCAUGCUUAUGUUGGCUGUGCUCAUGGCAGCCACACAUGCUGUCUAUGGCAAACUGCUCCUCUUUGAGUAUCGUCACCGCAAGAUGAAGCCAGUGCAGAUGGUGCCAGCCAUUAGCCAGAACUGGACAUUCCAUGGCCCUGGGGCCACCGGCCAGGCUGCUGCCAACUGGAUCGCUGGCUUUGGCCGUGGGCCCAUGCCACCAACCCUGCUGGGUAUCCGGCAGAAUGGGCAUGCAGCCAGCCGGCGGCUGCUGGGCAUGGACGAGGUCAAGGGUGAAAAGCAGCUGGGCCGCAUGUUCUACGCGAUCACACUGCUCUUCCUGCUCCUCUGGUCACCUUACAUCGUGGCCUGCUACUGGCGAGUGUUUGUUAAAGCCUGCGCUGUCCCCCACCGUUACCUGGCCACUGCUGUUUGGAUGAGCUUCGCCCAGGCUGCCGUCAACCCGAUCGUCUGCUUCCUGCUCAACAAGGACCUCAAGAAGUGCCUGAGGACUCACGCCCCCUGCUGGGGCACAGGAGGUGCCCCGGCCCCCAGAGAACCCUACUGUGUCAUGUGAAGCAGGCUGAUAGGCAGACAGACAGGGAGAAGGUCAUGGCCACUAUGAUGGGGCUAACAGAAAGGGAGGGGUAGGGCCCCAUACAGGAGCCUUUCUUUCUGAGCUCCAGCCCCAGCCCCUCAAACCACCCGGAAUCUAGGCACCUUUGCCAACACCUCCCCAGGGGUGGGGGACUGGGAAAGAGGUGUUUCUAGUUCUAGGGCCUGUCUCUGCUGCCUCCUUUUCCACUUCUACAAUCUCUCUCCUCUCUCUCUCAUUCUCUCUCUCUCUCUCUCUCUC